AUUAACAGGUAAGAAAGAAGCAGCUCUUUGCAGACGAACCAAGAUGCAAAUUUUUGUUAAGACUUUAACCGGUAAGACCAUUACCCUUGAAGUCGAGUCUUCUGACACCAUCGACAAUGUCAAGUCCAAGAUCCAAGACAAGGAAGGUAUUCCUCCAGACCAGCAAAGAUUGAUCUUUGCCGGUAAGCAAUUGGAAGAUGGAAGAACCUUGGCUGACUACAACAUCCAAAAGGAAUCCACUCUUCACUUGGUGUUGAGAUUGAGAGGUGGUGGUAAGAAGAGAAAGAAGAAGGUCUACACCACCCCAAAGAAGAUCAAGCACAAGCACAAGAAGAACAAGUUGGCUGUCUUGACUUACUACAAGGUUGAUGAUGAUGGAAAGGUUGAAAGAUUGAGAAGAGAAUGUCCAUCUCAAACUUGUGGUGCUGGUAUCUUCAUGGGUAACAUGGGUGACAGACAAUACUGUGGUAAAUGUCACACCACCUUCAAGUUGUCCAAGUAGAUUUAAGGUAUAUUGUUAAUAGUCUCUGUUAAUGAAUCUUUGUCAAG